UAUUUCAACUCAGUGGCAAAUUGAGCUUGAGUUAUACGAGAGGGCGGAGUUCAACUAACAAAACCCCUCCGUUCAAUAACAUUGGAGUCAGUAUAGCCUACCUGCAACUUUGAUAAGGAAACACAACCUCUUCGACGGAAUUUCGUGCUUUUCAUUGGAUACAAUCUAUGCAUACUUUGCACAUAAGGACGAGUGUUUUUUUUUAUUUGUCGACUGACGCUUCCGCUGAAUGCUGAAAGAUAUUCUUCAUCCAAAUCAUUUAGUACAGUCAGAGAGACCUAACAAUGGGACACCUCUCCAUUGUGUGUCUAUGUGUGCUGUUGGCCCUGUGUGGCCAUCCGGGGGUGCUCUCCCAGGCCCCCUCUUAUGGCGAGCGGGGCUCAGACCUGGGUCUCCAGGUGUUCCAGCAGGUGGUACGUUCUAGACCCCAGGAGAACGUGGUGAUCUCCCCCCACGGUGUGGCCUCCGUCCUAGGCAUGCUAAUGCCGGGGGCCCAUGCAGAGACUAGGAGACAGCUUCUCACUGCACUCCGCUACAAGAAGAACGGCCCUUACAAAAUGUUGAAGAAACUCCACAAGACUCUGACAUCCAAGGCCAACCAGGACAUUGUGACCAUCGCUAACGCCAUGUUUACCCAGGAAGGAUUCCCCAUGAUGGAGGAGUUUGUAAACACCAACCAGGGAAACUUCCAGUGUGAGGCUAGGAGCAUGGACUUCAGCAACACAGAGAGGGCUGCCAAUAUCAUCAAUGACUGGGUCAAUAACCGUACCAAAGGCCUAAUCCCAAGCCUGUUGAAGCCAGACAUGUUGGACGGAGCCCUAACACGGCUGGUAGCAGUCAACUCCAUCUACUUCAAGGGCCUGUGGAAGUCUCGCUUCCUGCCUGAGAACACCAAGAUGAGGACCUUCAAUGGAGGCAACGGGAAUACUUACAAGGUCCCCAUGAUGUCCCAGCUGUCUGUCUUCAAUAUAGGUCUAGCCAGCACCCCCCAGGGCCUGAAGUACAUGGUUAUUGAGCUGCCGUAUCACGGCAACAGCUUGAGCAUGCUGAUAGUCUUGCCCUCCGAGGAUGUGCUCCUUGCAGAUGUGGUUCCACACAUCAGCACAGCCACUGUACAGAGCUGGACCAAACUGCUGCACCUGGGGAAGAUCCGCCUCAUGCUUCCCAAGUUUACUGCAGACGCAGAGGUGGACCUUAGAGCCCCCCUUUCGGCACUGGGGAUAACAGACAUCUUUGAUGAGGGCAAAGCAGACUUCAGACACCUGAGUUCUGAAGCCGUGUAUGUAUCAAAGGCUCUCCAGAAAGCCAAAAUCGAGGUCAAUGAGGAUGGAACAAAAGCAGCCGCUGCCACUGCGGCCAUAUUGCUCGCCAGAUCGUCUCCACCUUGGGUUGUCGUGGACAGACCUUUUCUCUUCCUCACCAGACACAAUCCAACAGGUACUAUUCUCUUCAUGGGUCAGAUCAACCAGCCUUGAGCUUGCUUGAAGAGAUGACCCUCACUCGAGUGUACUUUCUCAGCUUCACAAUAACAAGCAUAUAGUAUACAGGAGAGUCUGACUUAAGACUUGCCUACUUGUGCAGUUGAACAAGAGUUCAACACCUUCAUACAUGCUUUUACACAUCUCUGAGACCACACACAAACACCUUUUUUUGCCUGAAAACUUGUGGACAUAUUCAAAUAAUUAUUUGUUGUACUUAGACAUUUACAUCUGUGUUUUAUAUUGCCUUUGUUCUUUUAGGAAUGUGUUUUAUAACAAGACCAGGAAUGUCAUAUGUGUAUAUUAUAUGGAGUACAUUUGAGUUCAAAUGAAUAUUGGUCCUCUAUCUAUUUUGUGUUGACAACACUCCAAGUUUAAACUUAAACGUACCUGCUGUGCAACAGUUCCUUUUCACAACGCCUUAAAAAGUAUGAAGCAGCAGAGUUAUGAAUAUUAGUUGGUUUACAAAAUUGUUUGUAUCACAAAUGCAUACUGCUCAAUACGAAUAAAAUACACAUGUAAAACGUG